UACAAGUUGCGUAAAACGUGUUUCCGUAACCUCAUCCUAAUAGACGAUCUUUGGUUGCCCUCUCUCCCUCUCAUGACCACAAGAUGGCGCCAAAACACAGAUGGUGUUUUCUAGCUUCUGUGUAAAUUUCCUCGCCUUAAUAGAUUAUCCGAUGCAGUAGCUCACAAAUGAAUUGAUAUAUAAUUGUGGAUUUUUAAAGAAAGCGACAAAAGUGAGAAGAAUGAGCUAUUCGGUUUCGGUCAAAUGUGUUCAUUUCAGGUUGUGCUCCGGAACUUUUGUUCGAACUGUCAGCGGUAGCACUACGACAUAUUUUAGUGAGGGACUGUACACAUGCCAACGCGUGGUACCUAGAAAUAGACUUAGGAUAAAUGUAGACGACAAUUGAUAACAUAGCUUUCAUACCUUACGAAUCCUGCUUAAAACAUCGGUGUUUGUAAAGCUAACACAUGAAGUAACCGGCUUCUAAGAAGUAGCUAACCUGUUUGUUAUUGUAGGUGUAGAAGAGAAACAGCACACACAACAUCCAAGUGUAAGUGAUAAUUGAUGUUAUACUAGGUCGGACUAAUAUUUAACAUUAAUUAUUGCUUAAUGAGUCUCGUCUCGUCUCGUCACGAGUUUAAGUUUUUUUCUUCUUUAGAAAGGUCAAGAUCGAAGUAAAGUAAAAAUUUAAGCACUCCAUUCGUCCAGGGAAUAUGUUAGCUUACAAAUCGUGUUUGUGCUAAUUGAAUCACACCCUCAUGCUGAUUGGAGAGGCCUACAGAUUUGGACGUGUCAGGUCUUGUGUUGUCAAACCCUCGGCCUGUCUUUUUACUACUCCCAGCAACAUGGCCAAGAGCAAGUUUGAGUAUGUCCGCAGCUUUGAAACAGAUGACACUUGUCUACGAAACUGCUACAUUGUAGUGAGACUGGACGGGCGCAACUUCCACAAGUUUGCAGAGCAGCACACGUUUACAAAGCCCAAUGAUAACAGAGCCUUGGGCCUGAUGAGCCGGAGUGCACGCUCUGUCAUGGGGGAACUGGAGGAUAUCGUCAUCGCUUAUGGUCAAAGUGAUGAGUUCAGCUUUGUCUUUAAGAGGACCUCCACCUUGUUUAAGAGGAGAGCCAGUAAGCUCAUGACCCACGUGGCUUCCCAGUUCUCCUCCUCAUAUGUGUUUUACUGGAAGGAGUUUUUUGGGGAACAGCCCCUCUUGUACCCCCCAGGCUUUGAUGGACGUGUGGUCCUGUAUCCGAGCAACCGCAACCUCAGAGACUACCUCAGCUGGAGGCAAGCAGAUUGUCAUAUUAAUAAUUUGUACAACACAGUGUUUUGGACAUUAGUACAAAGGGGAGGACUCACCACAGCCCAGGCAGAAGAUCGUUUAAAGGGAACAUUAGCUGCAGACAAAAAUGAGAUCCUGUUCUCUGAGUUUGAUAUCAACUACAACAAUGAAUCUGCCCUCCACAGGAAAGGCACCAUUCUCAUCUGGGAAAAGCAAGAAGAAACAGUCAUUAAACGCAUGAAGCUACCAAAUGAAGAGGAGAAGGAUGUGCCUGUGACUCGCAGCAGGAGGAAGAUGCAGGACUAUCACUGUGACAUUAUAGGAGAGAAGUUCUGGGAGGACCACCCAGACGUCCUGGAGGACGACAGUUGCUAACAGCUUCAGUGCUGCUGCAGGAGAAACAUACUGAACUGAGUCGAGCCAGAACGGUUGAAGUGGACCCACACAAGGAGUGGACAGACGAUAGGGCAGCUGUAAUUGACUGACCGUUAACAGAAAGCAUGCCACCCAUGAAGUGAAUCCCUUCAUCCCUUUUUUGUGACUGAAGCCUUUGAAAGUUGACUUCGUACGAUUACUCGGUGACAGCCGGAACACAUUCUUAUUGUCAUGUGUUAAACUUCUUCUAUCAUCACGUUCCCUUAAAGUAGGAAGUUCUCUGCGUAAAUUGCGUGAUGACGUCUGUCACGUUCAAAGGGAAGCAGAUGAUUUCAUCAUCUUAUAGCAGUGGGUAUAGAGGACAUGCACGGCAGUUUGAUAGCUGAUAGUGUCACACUGACUCAGACAUCUGCCCAUCCCUCUCUAGCCUAUUCUAAGGUUGCUUCUCCAAAUAUAUCCCCUCAUUUGAUAUCAUGAAUGGCAUUUGUAAUACCAUCAUCACUUGCUCUUUCUGCGUGUUUAACAUGAUCAUGAUGAUUCCUCUUGGCCCACUGUUUUUUUUUCUUCCCUGAUGGGUGAAUUGAAUCUCAGCUUGCAGACACAGUUCCUAAUGUUUGAAUUUUAAUGGUCAGGAUCUGCAAAGUGUUCAAUAUCACAUCCAGUCUGUCAUAAUAAAGAGCGUAUCAGAGGUAGGAAUAAGCAGAGUAAAGCAGAAACCAACACCUUGGCAGCAACGAGUGGCCUUGUUUUGCAGCCAGGAUACCAUUUAGAGAUGUGAAUGGAUUCAGCGGCCUGCACUGUCAUCAGUGCUAAGAAUACCUCACACACCCUGCGUACACUCUAUCCUCCUGACAUGUGCUCUGUGGCACAUUUAUCAUCACACUUAUAAAUGACCGGCUCAGUAUGAAUGGCUGCUGGAAGCUUGAAGCGGCAGAAGCUUACUGUAUUCUGUUACUGUAGUAGGCUCAGUUACUGACAGCUAUCAGUGUAUUCUUGGUUUCGUGACCUUGUCAAAAGCAUGUAGAUUAUGCACUGUACUUUACGUAACCAAUAUUCAACUCCUCUCUUCACAGAUGGGCUAAAAUUUUCAGACCUGAUUAUUUUAAUAAGAGCUUUAUAAUGAGUUAAUGAACAGUUACACACUUGAGUGAAGCAAGAUGUACUAAAACAUUGUGAUUGCAGAAUUUCGUAAUGUUAUAAACUGCCUGUGUGCUUAGAUCCAUUCACUUGGGCUGUUGGCAAACUGGCCACAUACAGUGACUGAACAUAUGGCCCACAGUAUGUAUAAAAACCAGAGCGUGUUGAGGCAAGUGGUGCAGUUAUUUAAAGACAGCAUGUGUUUACAUGCGGGGCCUUAACUUAAGCCGGGUGGGCUACUUGUUGGAAUAAACAGAGGGAAUAGUCUAUACAACCUCGUUAUACUGUGAUUAUAUUUAAUAGCUCUUUCAAAGUAUUUCCUGUCCUCAGUUAUGAUUGGUUACAUAGCCACCGAGACAUAAGAUGCAUUCACAUCAUAUCGUCCAUACUUGGAGAUUCUGGCAGUGACAGUAUCUCCCAUUUGUU